AAUCAGCGACCGGGCCUGCGGCCUCUUGACCGGCGGGGCCGAGCUGCGGGCGCUCGGCCGACGCCCGCCGACGGCUUCUGCCACCGGCCCGUGCGGGCUGUGGGAGUUCCGGCGGCCCGAGUCCUCGUGUCCUCCGCCACAGGACCUCCCCCCUCCGUCAGAGGGCCGUCGUCCUUCAUGGCGUCCUCUGUAAGGACCGUCUCGGUUCCGACCUCUAAACACCUCUCGCGGCUCUCCUCCGUCGGACUGCCAUAGCCUUGACUCAACCCCAUACACUCCUCAGAGAAGCUCUCGCCUCCAUCCGGCCGCCGUCUCUCUGGCCCGCCUUCCCUCGGCCUCCGCUGGCUCUCAGGGCUGUCCCUCAGUGGCUCGGUGGCCCCGGGGUACUGCCCGUGCCUGCCGCCAGAGGGCGCCGUCGGUGGCGGCCGCGCACCCCGCGGGGACGCUCCUCUCGCCGCCCCGGCCUCGCCCCCCUGCGCUCGCGCCGCCGGAAGUGGGAGGUGCCGCGCGCGGGCCGGCGCUCGACCCCUCCCCCAGGCUCGGCCGUCCCCUCCCCCUCUGCGCCCGCUCAGAGUGCAGAUGGCGGCCUCUGAGGUAGCUGGCCUUGGGGCUGGUGCCCCGGGUUCUUCGGAAUCUUCUGCUUUGUGUGCUUCCAAGUCAGACGAGUCUCUCCCAGAUGGCCUAAGCCCCAAAGACUCUGCCCAGAAGCAGAAGAACUCGUCUCCGCCGAGUGUAAGUAGCCAAAUGUUAACCAAGGAGAGUAACAGAGAUGCCCAUUUGGAACAUCCAGAGCAGGAUCCUGGUUCAUCAGUGGGUGACACUACAGCAGCGCACGAGGAAGUCUUAGGAGAAAACUUGGUAGCCACGGCCCUUUGUCUUUCUGGCAAUGGGUCUCAGUCUGAUGUGAAAGACUUGACCAACCCAGCAGGAGAGGAGGGGGACACGAGCCUCCAGGAGAGCCUCCUUCCAGUCACUCGGUCUCUUAAGGCAGGGUGCCAGUCAAAACAACUUGCCUCCAGGAAUUGCUCUGAAGAGAAAUGUCCAGCAGCCUCCAUCCUAAAGGAAGGUAGCAGGGAUACAGGCUUGGACUUCCGACCUGUAGUACCGCCCACAAAUGGGCUUGAAGGAGUCAGAGUGGAUCAGGAUGAUGAUCGGGAUAGCUCGUCCUUGAAGCUCUCUCAGAACAUUGCUGUGCAGACUGACUUUAAGACCACAGAUUCAGAAGUAAACACAGACCAGGAUAUUGAAAAGAAUCUGGACAAAAUGAUGACAGAGAGAACUCUGUUGAAGGAACGUUACCAAGAAGUCCUGGACAAGCAGAGGCAGGUGGAGAGUCAGCUCCAAGUGCAGUUAAAGCAGCUUCAGCAGAGGAGAGAAGAAGAGAUGAAGAACCACCAGGAGAUACUAAAGGCUAUUCAGGAUGUGACCAUAAAGCGAGAAGAAACCAAGAAGAAGAUAGAGAAAGAAAAGAAGGAGUUCUUGCAGAAGGAGCAGGACCUGAAAGCUGAAAUCGAGAAGCUUUGUGAGAAGGGCAGAAGAGAAGUGUGGGAAAUGGAGCUGGAUAGACUCAAGACCCAGGAUGGGGAAAUCAACCGGAACAUUAUGGAAGAGACAGAGCGGGCCUGGAAGGCAGAGAUCCUGUCACUAGAGAGCCGGAAGGAAUUGCUGGUGCUGAAACUGGAAGAAGCAGAAAAAGAAGCAGAACUUCAUCUGACUUACCUCAAGUCAACUCCUCCAACACUAGAGACAGUUCGUUCCAAACAAGAGUGGGAGACAAGACUGAAUGGAGUUCGGAUAAUGAAAAAGAAUGUUCGGGACCAGUUUAACAGUCACAUCCAGCUCGUGAGGAAUGGAGCCAAGCUGAGCAGCCUUCCUCAGAUCCCUACCCCGACUUUGCCUCCGCCACCCUCAGAGGCAGAUUUCAUGCUUCAAGUAUUUCAGCCCAGUCCGUCUCUGACCCCUCGGAUGCCCUUCUCUAUUGGGCAGGUCACUAUGCCUAUGGUUAUGCCGAGUGCGGAUCCUCGCUCUUUGUCUUUUCCAAUCUUGAACCCUGCCCUUUCCCAGUCCAGCCAACCUUCCCCUCCUCUUCCUGGCUCACAUGGGAGAAACAGCCCAGGCUUGGGUUCCUUGGUCAGCCCUCAUGGUCCACACAUGCCUCCUGCUGCCUCCAUUCCGCCUCCCCCAGGCUUGGGCGGUAUUAAAGCUUCUACUGAAACUCCCCGGCCCCAACCAGUAGACAAACUGGAGAAGAUCCUGGAGAAGCUGCUGACUCGGUUCCCACAGUGCACUAAGGCCCAGAUGACCAACAUUCUUCAGCAAAUCAAGACAGCACGUACCACCAUGGCGGGCCUGACCAUGGAGGAACUAAUCCAACUGGUAGCUGCACGACUGGCAGAGCAGGAACGGGUGGCAUCAACCACUCAGGCUCCACCCACUUGUAAGCUGUGUCUGAUGUGUCAGAAACUUGUCCAGCCCAGUGAGCUGCACCCGAUGGCCUGCACCCACGCACUGCACAAGGAGUGUAUCAAAUUCUGGGCCCAGACCAACACAAAUGACACUUGUCCCUUUUGCCCAACUCUUAAAUGAUGGACCCGACGGGGAGGAAGCAGUGGAGAUCCGGAUGUGAACAGGAAGCGCGGGUUCAAGAUUUCUAAACCUCUCUAUAUUUAUACAGUGACAUAUACUCAUGUCGUGUACAUUUUUAUUAUAUAGGUGAUGUGUGUAUAGAAAGUCUGUAUUCAAAUGUUCGUAAUGAAAGUAUGUAUAUAAUGCAGAAACACCCCUCCCCCUCACCUUGCAGUUUUGGGGGGAUGCAGACUGUAGGGAUAUGUGAUGUUUAAUUUGGCCUUGAAAUCAUGACCCCUGCGUAGGGCUGUGCCUAACCCAUCUAGGAGGCUGGUGUUGCUCCAAGGCCGUCCUGCUUUGGUCUGGCCCAGCCUCUAGUCCAUUUUGAUAAGGCUUGUGUAUGGAGAUUUGACGUCUGGUGCUCACCUGCUGUGCAUCCAGAUGCUGGCCUUGCAGGGGUCUCCGAGCCUUGGUGGAGUUCUAGCCACUCUAUUGCAGUAGACAAAGUGAUACUGAUUGAGGGGACAACUGUAACUCUGAUAGUUUGAUUCUUCAUUGAACAUUUUACUGUUAAUGCUCAUUAUUUAUACAUUGAUGUCAGGUACACAGGAUAUUCUGUUUUACGUCAGUAAAAUCCACAGUCCAAGAACAA